AUGCCUAAAGAUUCUUGUGAAAUUUAUAAAAAAAGAUACCAACGCAAGGUGGAAAGUAGGCGUAAGACAAAAGAAAGAAUUGAUAAUACAGAGAAAUCGGAUAGUAGUGAAAAUAAAGAGAACGUUAAAAGAAAGAUCACGCAAAGAUGCAGGUGCAGACAACGACGCCACCGUCGCAGAAGCACACAAUCUCAAUAUACUACCUCAGAAACUUCUUCUAUAUAUUCAUCAGAAACAGAAACCUCAAAU